CCACCACAACCUCAUUGACCUAUCGUCUUUGCCUUUUCCUUUUCAAAGAAAAAUUUAGAAAACAACUUUAAAAAGAACUUUACCACUCAAUAUUCAAUCCCUCAUCCUAUCAUUGAAAAUUUCCCGCCAAAUUUCUUUUCCUCCCAAACCAUCUUCCCAGAUUAGGGCACAAAUUUCCCCAGUCGAUCCGAGAGAGAGAGAGUGAGAGAGGGAGGGAGAGAGGGGAUGGGAAUACAGGGGCUGCUUCCUCAGCUGAAAUCGAUAAUGCAACCGAUCCACAUAAAGGAGCUGGAGGGCUGCUGCGUCGCCGUCGACACCUAUUCCUGGCUCCACAAAGGCGCUUUGUCUUGCAGCAGGGAGCUCUGCAAAGGCCUUCCCACCACUCGGCAUAUUGACUAUUGCAUGCACAGAGUAGAUUUGCUGCGGCAUUAUGGAGUUAAACCCAUUCUUGUCUUCGACGGAGGCCUUCUACCAAUGAAAAUUGAACAGGAAAACAAGCGUGCGAGGUCAAGGAAGGAAAACCUUGCACGAGCCAUUGAGCACGAGUCAAAUGGAAACUCUUCAGCUUCAUAUGAAUGCUACCAAAAGGCGGUCGAUAUUUCUCCUUCUAUUGCAUAUGACCUAAUUCAAGUCUUGAAGAUAGAGAAAAUAUAUUAUGUUGUGGCUCCAUAUGAAGCAGAUGCCCAGAUGACAUUCUUGGCAGUUACAAAACAGGUUGAUGCCGUUAUCACAGAGGACUCUGAUCUUAUACCAUUUGGUUGUCCUAGAAUCAUAUACAAAAUGGAUAAGUACGGCCAAGGUGUUGAGUUUCGAUAUUCAAAUCUACACCAGAACAGGGACCUCAGUUUUGCAGGAUUCUCUAAGCAAAUGGUUCUCGAGAUGUGCAUCUUAAGUGGCUGUGAUUAUCUGCAAUCUCUCCCUGGGAUGGGACUGAAAAAGGCUCAUGCACUAUUGAAAAAGUUCAAAACUUAUGAAAAGGUAGUCAAGCACUUGAGAUACAAUACCGCUUCGGUGCCUCCAGUCUAUGAAGAGAUGUUCAGAAAAGCGAUUUUGACUUUCCACCAUCAACGAGUCUAUGAUCCUAUCAGUGAAUCAAUCGUUCAUUUAUAUAAUGUGCCUGAUCAUGUGGAUGAAGAUCUGGAAUUCUUGGGACCUACAUUGAUUCCUCAAGAUAUAGUAAAAGGUAUCGCAGAAGGUGAAUUGGAUCCAAUCACAAAAUUGCCAUUUCAGAGUGGAAACCUUAAUUCAAUGUUAAUGGUCAUAAAAGCUGACCGGCCUAAAGCUUUUAAGCCAGAAGUGAGGAAGAAGUUAGAAUUACCAGCACAGAAGAAUCUCGUGACAAAGUACUUUUGCUCUGCAUCCCUUGAAGCCAAGAGAGAAUUCAAGGCUCCGAGGAUUACGACAAACAAUUCAAGCCCAGUGGACAAACCCUCCCCAGGUCCCAUCUUAAAUACUACUGAGGAGGGUGCUGCUUGUGAAUCGAACAUCAGUACCCUUUCAAAUAGUCCUUCGGGACACACUCAUGCAGAUAAUGAUUUUAUCAAGGCAGAGACUGAGGUAGCAGAAUCACCUCCAUCUGAAAACACGAUGGACAUGAUCAUAAGAACGGGGAAUUCCUUACUACAGAACUCCGCAUGUACAAUGCACAAACCUUGUACAUCAAUGCGGAACGAAUUGCAUAGGAGCCCUUCAUUUGGGACCAAAAGCAAAAUGGAAAAGGAAAAUGGAAAGGUUGUAGUAAGGAGUCGUUUUUUCCAACAUAAACUGGGAAAAGAAAAUAAAGAAGACAGUGCACAGGAGACUCUCCUAGAUGUCAAUGAUGCCUUCACAAAAAGGAAAACCUGUUCCUACGAUGUAGCACUAGCGGACAAUUUGAAUCCAAAACGUGUGCAUAUGGACAAUUCUCUUCAGAGCAACGAAAAUGCCUCGUUGGCACAUGACAUGUUUUCCAUGGAGAUGAAAACCAAUGAUAAGUUUGGGUCAAACAUUUCCCACCUAGAUCGUUAUUCCAGCAUAGCAGAACAAUCAAUGGAGCGAUAUGUUUCAGUAAUAUCUUCAUUCAAAUACACGGGUUCAGGUUCCCGAGCUAGCGGUCUUCGAGCUCCUCUUAGGGAAGUCAAGACCACUAUCAAGAAUAGGUCCAACGUGGGCAUUGAUUUCAGUCAGUUUGCAUAUGUGCCGAAGGACCAGAAGGCUGGUCUUGCAUCACGAAAAGGCUGAAAGAUUGUGAAGAUAUUUAUGGGAGGAGAGUUAUAAUGUCCGGAGAAUCUUUGCCUGUUCUCUUGCCGAAGGUGCCUCCUGAGUCCAUUCUUUUCAGGCUGUUACAUUAGAGAUUUGCACCGUCUUGAUCGGAAGUCUGAUUCUCUUUUGAUAUGCUCUUCUCGUUCCUGUCUUUUUUUACGUGUGGGGUCAAGUAACUCCUUGCUCAAGGGACGUCAACUGCUUGCCCAAUCUUCUAAGCUGAUUGCACAGGAAGCUCCAGGUGAUGGCUGAAAAAUCAGUGCGAGUUGAUUUUGCAUGUAGCCUUUUCAUCAGGUCAUGCUCAUUCAGAUGGAUACCGGUUGCACGAUGUCGGGAGGAUGCUUAGCUCGUGCAUUCAUGUUCCUCUUUUGAGUCCAAUUCGUAUACACAAUUUGGUUGGGAGCCGGAUUGUAUACGAAUGAUGUAAACUGGCAUCCAAUGGACUGUUUCUCCUUGCAGUUCUGCCUCAAAAAUUUCCAACCCAAGGGCUUAUGUAGAAACCGUUUACCGAUUGCUCGGGACGACAGGAUGGCCACAAAAUGGUUCGAGAUUACAUUGAAAUUAUAAUUAGGUUGAAUAUUUUCCAUUCCA